AUGGCGCCCCUACCCAUCAAGUUUCAGGAGCUCGUCCAGCUCGGCAGUGUCGGCGUUGACGCGCAAUCGAUUGGCUUCAACUCCUGCACUCUCGAAUCCGACUCCUACAUUUGCAUCCGAGAACAAAAGACAGAGGGUGCCUCACCAGAGGUCGUCAUUGUCGAGCUCAAAAAUGGCAACAACGUCACACGUCGGCCCAUCAAGGCCGACAGCGCCAUCAUGCAUUGGAGCAAGAACAUUAUUGCCCUAAAGGCGCAGUCCAGAACGCUACAGAUCUUCGACCUCGAGCAGAAGAAGAAGCUCAAGUCCUUCACCAUGAACGAAGACGUACAGUUCUGGAGAUGGGUCAGCGACAGCACUCUUGGUCUUGUCACCACUACCAGUGUAUUCCACUGGGACAUCACCGAUGCUGCCCAGGAGAGCCCUGUAAAGGUGUUUGAGCGUAAUGCCAAUCUCAAUGGCUGCCAGAUCAUCAACUACCGCGUUAACAGCGACGGCAAGUGGAUGGUCGUCGUCGGCAUCUCCCAGCAGCAGGGCCGUGUCGUCGGCGCUAUGCAACUGUAUUCCAAGGACCGUGGCAUUAGCCAGGCCAUCGAGGGCCACGCCGCCUCCUUCGGCACGCUUCGCCUCGAGGGCGCUCCUCAAGAUACCAAACUCUUCAGCUUCGCCGUGCGCACUGCCACGGGCGCCAAGCUCCACGUUGUCGAGGUCGACCACGCCGAUUCGAAUCCUGUUUUUCAGAAAAAGGCCGUCGACAUUUUCUUUCCUCCAGAGGCCACCAACGAUUUCCCCGUCGCCCUUCAAAUCUCGCAGAAAUAUGGUGUUGUCUACAUGGUCACCAAGUACGGCUUUAUCCAUCUCUACGAUCUGGAGACAGCCACUCUCAUCUUCAUGAACCGCAUCUCAAGUGAAACCAUAUUCACAACGUGCGCGGACAGUGCCUCGGCUGGUCUCGUGGGCAUCAAUCGCAAGGGUCAAGUGCUCUCGGUGAUCGUCGAUGAGACCACCGUUAUUCCCUACCUUCUGGAUAAUCCCGCCAAUACCGAGAUUGCCAUCAAGCUGGCUUCACGAGCUGGUCUACCUGGUGCCGAUAACCUCUACGCCAGACAGUUUGACCAGCUCUUCAAUGCCGGUAACUACCAGGAGGCUGCCAAGAUUGCCGCCAACUCGCCUCGUGGUUUCCUGCGAACCGCAGAGACCAUCGAAAAAUUCAAGCGUCUUCCUACCCAACCCGGCCAAAUGGCCUUCACCCUCCAGUACUUCGGUAUGCUGCUCGACAAGGGUACUCUCAACGAGCACGAGACGAUCGAGCUGGCGCAGCCCGUGCUGCAGCAAAACCGCAAGCACCUCCUCGAGAAAUGGCUUGGCGAGAACAAGCUCGACUGCUCCGAACGACUCGGCGACAUGGUUCGGCCGUACGACGUCAACAUGGCCCUGACCAUCUACCUCAAGGCCAAUGUGCCCCAAAAAGUCGUUGCUGGAUUUGCCGAGACCGGGCAGUUUGACAAGAUUCUUCCUUACUCUGCGCAGACCGGCUACAAGCCGGACUACAUCCAGCUACUUCAGCACAUCAUCCGUGUCAACCCGGAGAAGGGCGCCGAGUUUGCCACUGCUCUCGCUAACAGCGAUCAGGGCCCUCUUGUCGACUUUGAGCGCGUUUGUGACAUCUUCCAGUCCCAGGGCAUGGUUCAACAGGCCACGGCUUUCCUCCUUGAUGCCCUCAAGGACAACAAGCCCGAACACGCGCGUCUCCAGACCAGACUCUUGGAGAUGAAUUUGAUGCACGCUCCUCAGGUCGCUGAGGCUAUCCUGGGCAACGACAUGUUCACCCACUUUGACAAGGGCCGCAUCGCCCAGCUUUGCGAGCAGGCCGGCCUUCCGCAAAAGGCCCUGGAGCUCUACGAGGACCCCGAGGCCAUCAAGCGUGUCAUCGUCAACAUCCCCGGCAGCCCCAACUUCAACCCCGAGUGGCUCUCUGGCUUCUUUGGCAAGCUCUCUGUUGAGCAGUCCCUAGACUGUCUCGAUGCGAUGAUGAAGGCCAACAUCCGCCAGAACCUGCAGUCCGUCGUCAACAUCGCCACCAAGUACUCUGAGCUUCUUGGACCUGUCCGUCUUAUUGACCUCUUUGAGAAGUACAAGACUUCUGAGGGUCUUUUCUACUACCUGGGAAGCAUUGUGAACCUAUCUGAGGACCCCGAUGUGCACUUCAAGUACAUUGAGGCUGCCACUAAGAUGGGCCAGUUCAACGAGGUUGAGCGCAUCUGCCGUGAUAGCAACAGCUACAACCCCGAGAAGGUGAAGAACUUCCUCAAGGAGGCCAAGCUUCCCGAGCAACUUCCUCUUAUCAUUGUCUGCGACCGGUUCAACUUCGUUCACGACCUCAUCCUGUUUCUGUACCAGAACAAGCAGUUCCAGGCUAUCGAAGCAUACGUCCAACGUGUCAACCCUUCGCGAACCCCCGCCGUUGUUGGUGGGCUGCUCGAUGUCGACUGUGAGGAGAACAUCAUCAAGCAGCUUCUCAGCACCGUCAACGCGCAGGAGAUCAGCAUUGAUGAGCUUGUUUCCGAAGUUGAGUCUCGCAAUCGUCUCAAGCUCCUACUGCCCUUCCUCGAGGCCACUCUUCAGGCGGGCAACCAACAGCAGGCCGUUUUCAACGCUCUCGCCAAGAUCUACAUCGACUCAAACAACAACCCUGAGAAGUUUCUGAAAGAGAACGACCAAUACGACACUCUCACAGUCGGUAAAUACUGCGAGAAGCGUGAUCCCAACCUUGCCUACAUUGCCUACUCCAAGGGCCAGAAUGACCUCGAGCUCGUCAACAUUACCAAUGAGAACUCCAUGUACCGCGCCCAGGCUCGUUACCUGCUCGAGCGUUCCGAUAAUGAGCUGUGGAACUUCGUCCUAAGCGAGAACAACAUUCACCGACGCUCUGUUGUCGACCAGGUCACUGCCACUGCUGUUCCUGAGUCUACGGACCCUGCAAAGGUCUCUGUUGCUGUCGCUGCGCUACUUGAAAAUGAUCUGCCACUCGAGCUCAUUGAGCUGCUCGAGAAGAUCGUUCUCGAGCCUUCUCCCUUCAGCGACAACCAGAACCUCCAGAACCUUCUUUUGUUCACCGCCGCCAAGGCCGACAAGGGCCGUGUCAUGGACUACAUUCACAAGCUUGACGGCUACAACGCUGACGAGAUCGCCACCUCCUGCAUUGACGUUGGCCUCCACGAAGAGGCUUUCGAGAUUUACAAGAAGGCCGACAACAAGUCUGAGGCUGUCAACGUUCUUGUUGAGCACGUCGUGAGCAUUGACCGCGCCCAAGCUUAUGCUGAGGAGGUUGACCUGCCUGAAGUCUGGAGCAAGGUCGCCAAAGCCCAGCUGGAUGGUCUGCGUGUCACUGAUGGUAUUGAUUCUUACAUCAAAGCUGAGGACCCUUCCAACUACAACGAAGUUAUCGAGAUUGCUACCCAUGCUGGCAAGAAUGAGGACCUUGUCCGCUUCCUUCGCAUGGCUCGCAAGACUCUGCGUGAGCCUGUUAUUGAUACCGCUCUCGCAUUCUCGUACGCUCGACUUGACCAGCUGUCCGAGCUCGAGGACUUCCUUCGUGCCACCAACGUCGCCAAUAUUGAAGAGUCUGGUGAUAAGGCCUACAAUGAGGGGCUCUAUGAGGCAUCCAAGAUUUUCUUCAGCAGUAUCUCGAACUGGGCCAAGCUCGCCACUACCCUCGUCCACCUCGAGGAUUACCAAGCCGCUGUUGAUUGCGCGCGUAAGGCCAACAACAUCAAGGUCUGGAAGCAGGUACAUGGCGCUUGCGUAACCAAGAAGGAAUUCCGCCUUGCGCAGAUCUGCGGUCUGAACCUCAUCGUCGAUGCCGAACAGCUGCAGGAGCUUGUCAAGGACUACGAAUAUAACGGCUACUUUGAUGAGCUCAUCAGCCUCCUCGAGCAGGGCCUGGGUCUUGAGCGCGCGCACAUGGGCAUGUUCACCGAACUUGGUAUUGCCUUGUCCAAGUAUCAUCCCGAGCGCCUGAUGGAGCACAUCAAGAUCUUCUGGUCCAGAAUGAACAUGCCUAAGAUGAUCCGCGCGUGCGAGGAAGCCAACCUGUGGCCCGAAUUGGUCUUCUGCUACUAUCACUAUGACGAGUUUGACAAUGCUGCCCUUGCUGUCAUUGAACGUCCUGAGAACUCCUGGGAUCAUCAGCAGUUCAAGGAGAUCGUUGUCAAGGUUGCCAACUUGGAAAUUUACUACCGUGCCAUCAAGUUCUACGUCGAGCAGCACCCCUCGUUGCUGACGGACCUGCUUGCUGCCCUGACGGCCCGUGUCGAUGUUAACCGCGUGGUCAAGAUGUUCCAGAAGAACGACAGCCUGCCACUUAUCAAGCCCUUCCUGCUGAACGUGCAGAGUCAAAACAAGCGCACUGUCAACGAGGCUGUCAAUGACCUGCUCAUCGAGGAAGAAGACUACAAGACGCUUCGUGACUCGGUCCAGAACUACGAUAAUUACGACGCCGUCGAUCUGGCUGGCCGCCUCGAGAAACAUGAUCUGAUUUUCUUCCGCCAGAUCGCUGCUAGCAUCUACCGCAAAAACAAGCGCUGGGAGAAAUCCAUUGCUUUAUCCAAGCAAGAUAAGUUGUUCAAGGAUGCCAUUGAAACCGCUGCCAUUUCCGCCAAGGCCGACAUUGUGGAGGAUCUCCUUCGCUACUUUGUCGACAUUGGUCACCGCGAGUGCUAUACUGGCAUGCUGUAUUCUUGCAACGAGCUCAUCCGGCCCGACGUUGUUCUCGAGCUGUCAUGGCGCCAUGGCCUCAACGACUUCACCAUGCCCUACAUGAUUAACAUGCUCGCCCAGCAGACCAAGAAGAUUGCACUUCUCGAGGCUGACAAUGAGGCUCGCAAGGCCAAGGAACAGGAGCAAACAAAGACAGAAGAUAAUACUCCCAUCCUUGGUGCUGGCCGCCUGAUGAUCACUGCCGGCCCUGGAGGCGCCGCUUCACCUGCUCCUGGCUAUGGCCAAGGAAAUGGCUUCGCUCCCCAGCCUACCGGCUACGGAUUUUAA